GAAACUGAAUCAGUCACUGAAACGUGUCAGUGCCAUGGCUGUGCGUCUCAUGAACUGGCUGUUUUAUCUUCUCAGCUUUUUCAACAUCUGGCAUGAUGUAAGGGGACAGAAGAGGAUUCUGGAGUUGCAGCAUGGUGACACCUUUUCCAUUGAUUGCUCAGACACCUUGCAGGGAAGGACUGAAUUGUACCUGUACAGAAGAUUGUCUGAGAAAACAUUGGUCCUCUUCUGGAAUGCCACGAACGAUGAACUGACAGUAACCACCACAUUCAGACACAGAGCAAAUUUGGAGCGCAACUAUGAAAACUUAAGUUUCAACCUUCAUCACAUGAUGGAAAAUGAUUCGGGAGUGUACUGGUGUACCAGUGGACUUGACGGGAAACGGAGCAACAGGUCUGCAGCACUGGUCGUGGUCAGUGGUGAUGCGCCAUGUGGUACAACCGGCCUGACUGAUGGAGAAAACGCAGGUGAGGACAGUUUUGGAUUAUCUGUCUUCUACGUGACCAUUGGGCUGUCAGUGGCUACUGCCCUCCUGUGUGUGACCAUUAUUGUGUUCUUUCUCAUUCCAAAAAUGAAGAAGAGCUGUGAAAGGGCAAAUGCAGAGACCGCACCCACUGACUUCAUUUAUGAAGACAUGCAGAGAUGUCACAGGUCCAUGUAGAGGUGGUUGCCCAUCUUACCGGGACUCAAGAACAGGCAUACACAUCUCAAUGUUCCAUUAGUCUAAGUAAAGGUGUGGGUGGGGGGGAUCCCUAUGCCUGUAGAACAGAACAAUUUUCUGUUGUUUUUCAUUCACUUUAAAAAUGUAAUAUCAAUCUCACAGAUAUGUAUUUUAUUUGCUUACUUCCAAUUAUAUUUAGAGUUAGUGCUACGGUAAGUGUAAUUUAACAACAUUUUUGACUACACACCUCUGGAGAGAAUGUACUGUAGCAUUGUUUCUACAGUAUUAUGAUUUUAUUUUAUGUCAUCUAUAGAAUUUGACUGGGUCUCUUGCACAGGUCACAUUUUAUAACAUGGUGUGUUCUUGCUGUCAUCUUCAAUUUAAAAAUUGUUAAUGUGAUUUGUAUAUAAAAGUGCACUCUUCUGUACCAGAGAAUUUUUAUCACU